UCCAGUCUGUCACCACGGUCAGAUGAAGGUGUUCGGGGUGGCGCGACAGGAAACCGCGAGGAUACCGUGCGAGCUCGAGGCAAAUCCACCGGAAGUAACGUUUACGUGGAAGUUCAAUAACACAAUGGAAGCGAUCGACAUACCGCAGGCGCACGUCGCCAGUGAACGAACACGUUCCACGGCCUCUUACACGCCGAUGACAGAGCUAGACUACGGCACUCUACUUUGUUGGGGCACUAACGAUCAGGGUACCCAACUCGAGCCCUGUGUCUAUCACAUCGUGCCAGCUGGUCACCCCGACACGCCGCACAAUUGCUCUCUUCUGAACCAGACGACAGACUCCCUGUACGUGGAGUGCACAGAGGGAUUCGACGGCGGUCUGCCGCAAAAGUUCACGAUACAGGUGGACCGUGAGGCGGGGACCAGCAGUACGUCCUCGAAACCGAGCACCACCGUCUACAAUCAAACGAGCAAAGUGCCGUCGUUCUCGGUGGGAAACCUCGAGCCCGGCACCACCUACGACGUGCACAUAUACGCGAGCAACAGCAAAGGUCGCAGCGAGACGGUCCACUUUCGCUCAACCACGCUGAAUCUGCCCGAAAGGCAAACAGAAUCAAAGUCCUCGUCGUCCAAGGACUUUUACGAUUAA